AAAUGGGCGGGAGGGGGUGUUACUCAGAGCACUUUGUUCCCUCGGAAUUGAACCGGGUGGAGGAGAAACGAGAGCAGAGAGAACUUUAGCUGCUCCCCCAUUUAUGGAAAAAGUGGUUUGUUCCGCGCAUGGGCAUCCCUGUAUUUUGAAGACUGGCAUCCAGGAUGGCCCAAACAAAAACAAAAGCUUUUAUAUGUGUGGUGUCCAAAACCAGCAAUCGUGUGGAUUUGUGCUCACUACAGAGCUUAGCCCUUCUCAUUGCCUGAUACAUGAACAAUAUAUAGUGGAACUGCAAGUUUUGAUGAAGGAAAAGGAGAAAGAAACAUACAGGCUGUUCUAUCGAUGCAGUAAAGCUAAAGCAGAAGGGAAACAAUGGUGUGGAAGUGUCCCAUGGCAGGAUUCAAAAACCAAGACAAUCCCAACCAAACCACAACCUCAGCAAAUGCUGGAGUUGAUCCAUGAUCACAGAAAUCAAAGAAAUCCAUUCAAAGUACCAAACAAGAACCAAGAAUUAUCAUCUGUUAAAGAACUGAAUGACAGAGAGGACAAAAAUCAAAUAAAAAAAGAACAUGAGAAAAAAGAAACUGUAGAGUUUGACAAAGAGGCCCUUCAAAAAUUAUCAUCUGAAACCAAAAGAAAAGAGCUUCUAACAACGCUGAAGAUCAAGAACACACAGUUUGGAGGAAAAUGUGAGAACUCAUAUGCAGGAGCAAUAGAAAACCAAGCAAAAUCAAGUGAUGCCGUGUCUGUAAGGGAGAAAGAGACAUCUUUUAAUGGAUAUAAAUAUCUGGGUAAAAAGGCUGAGAUGCCUCCUGGUCACACUGGACAUGGUUCAGCUGUGAGAACUGCUGGAGUUGAUGCGCAGAAAGAAAAAAGAUCAUUGCAACCAUUGCUAAAUUUCAAGAUCCAGAAAUCCAGUGGCAGGCCCAUUGAUGAGGAACAGUCUGGCAAAGGGGUUCCAGAAAUCUGCAAGGACAAAAGAAUAACAACGAAAACAAAUGGCCAUUGGGGAGCUGAAAAAGAGACAGGAGUGUCUAGAGAUCAUGCAGCUGUUCAGGAACUGACAGGCUCUGUUCCUGGAGCACCACACAAAGGAAAUCCAGAGAAAUCAUCAGAACGGUUACAGAUGGGAGUCACUCCGGGAGAGAAAGACUGUGCCACUAAAAAUGUUAGCAGUGGUGAAUGUGACAAAUCUGUGCCUUUCGAAUUACCUGUUGUGCAAGGAUUUGAAUUCCAACAAGGAAAAGACAGCAGUCAAAAGAAACUGUCGCCCACAUUGCCAGAACUGGCCUCUUUGCAGAUCACAGAAAAUGUGGAUUCCAAAGCUCUUCACCACCAACUUUCAGCUCAGCUGGAGCAGAAAAAGAAAACUUUGAAAUUGGUGAAUGUUCAGGCACUGCCAGAUAAAGGCGAACGAUUAUUAAAGCAAGUGGAAGAGCUGGAAUCUGCACUUAGCUCUCUGAACUUGGAGACAGAAGAAAAUGCAAAGAGUGGUAAGCAUUUUAAUUCAUCAUUUGGAGCCAGUGUUCCAAAUCUACAGUCCAAAAUAGCUUUGUCUUCAACCAGAUCAACACUGCAGUCCUACCUCAGACGACAGGAAGCUCAGUCGGGGUCAGGAUCAAGUGGGGGUAAUCCAUUUGAUAAAGGAUCACAGCAAUUUAGGCCAGAUCAACAGAACCCUGUGGGAAAGACCAGCCAAGAUAACACCCCCAUUUCCACUACCAUUCACAUCUUAUCCCUGUUACUCAGACUCCGUCAGUGCUGCUGCCAUCUUUCUUUGCUAAAAGUGGCUCUUGACCAGGCAAAUCUGGCCAGUGAAGGCAUCUCUCUUACUCUGGAGGAGCAGCUCAAUGCUUUGACCUUGUCUGAACCAGACAGCAGUGACCCUCAGUCUGUGGUCUACCUCUUUGGUGCGGCUUUCAAUGUGGAACUCUUUGAAGCCACUAGACAGAGCACUAAACUCUCACAUCUCUUGGAGGAGUUGAAGGCUAUUCAAGGUCAUUCUCAGAAAAGUGUCAUUGUGUCUCAGUGGACUAGUAUGCUGAAGGUUGUCGCAGUACACCUGAAGAAGCUUGGGCUGAGAUAUGCCACAGUGGAUGGCUCUGUGAAUCCUAAACAGAGGAUGGAUGUCGUUGAGGAAUUCAACAACAAUCCCAAAGGUCCUGAGGUCAUGCUAAUUUCCCUUCUCGCUGGAGGUGUUGGUUUGAAUCUGGUUGGCGGAAACCAUCUAUUUCUUCUUGAUAUGCACUGGAAUCCAGCAUUGGAAGACCAAGCCUGUGACCGCAUUUACCGUGUGGGGCAGAGAAACGAUGUCACAAUCCACAGGUUUGUCUGUAAAAGGACAGUAGAAGAAAAGAUCGCAGAGCUGCAAACCAAGAAAAAGGAACUGGCCCAAAAAGUACUGUCUGGAAAAGGUGACUCCUUCACAAAGCUCACCCUGGCAGAUCUCAGGCUCCUUUUUGGCUUUUAAACUUUGGUUCCCAUUGCCACCCUUCUCUUUUUUGCACAGCAUCCUUUUUAAUGUUGUGUAUAUAAUUUUAAUAAAGUCACUAUUUUUGUCCUA